AUGGCUAAAGGCAAUGGUUUUAUUGGUUUCUUCUCUUCUGAUUAUAAUACUUUUAUUUCUCUCGCUUUUACUACUCCUCUCGCUACAGCGUUACUAUGUCUCUCCAUCGAUGGGACGCUCUUCUCGGGCGCGUUCCUCAAUUUUGUCAAUGAUAACCGUCCUUCGGUCCAAUUCGCUGUUCAGAUUAUUGCCAACUUCAUGUCUGCUCUGCAGGUAAUCACUAUCUGCAGAGUCAUCAACCUCAGUGUUCGAAGACGGCUCAAGACUAAGAGUAUGAGUCUUGAUCAGAUGCGAGCGUGGAUGGAUGCUAUGAUACCCCGUAUCAACUGGGAUCUGCCCUUUGCAUAUAUCGUCCUGCUGGGUCUCUUGGUCUCGGUUUCCAUGGUUAUGAGUGCCAUUUGGGCUGCCGCCAUGACGCCCGUUGAGACAUUCGAGUACAUCCAAGGUACUGUCCAGAUUCCAACCUGGGACAACAUCACCCAUAUCAGAGAAUAUCCUUCUGAAGUUGGAUCAACCGGACCUACCAAGCACACUGCCCUUGGAAAGUUUACAUACUCUGUGGGCAUUCAAAUGCUGGGCAGUCUCCUCGCUUCGGCAGCCUCAGCAUCGCCCAUCCACAACUCAACGCGCAACCACGAGAAGCUAGACCGAACAGGCUACAACUACGUCGGUCGAUCGUACGGCAUUGGCUCAUCCCCAGGUCUAGGCGAAGUCCACUUUGAAGCUGGUCGCGACAUCCUCGGAUGGCAAUACCAAGAAGUAGGAUACCGGUCCACAGUCAGCUGCACAUACAACACAUCUACCAACUUCACUCUCUUUCCCGAGGGCGGCUCGAUGGGCUGGGCUGCACAUGGAGAACUUCCUGACAGUGACGAUGGCUACGAACAUUCCACUUACAUUGGACAUGGUGAUGGAAAUGCUAUUGUUGCGAUAGGAGUUGCGCACUUUAAGGACCACGAUGUAGAGAUUGCUCCUAAGAGGCGAUAUAUCGGCUUCGCGGCGGGAGGAUUCUACACAUUCUUGAACGCAACCCAAUGUGAAGUAGACUUUGAGCCUACACGGUUCAACGUCACCGUCAGCAGUCGGGGCAAGAAUAUUACUGUUGUGCCGACCAACGACACUGAUGUUCCCAAUAUUGAUACAACUCGUUGGCUGAAGGGCACUAUCCUCCGACAAUUUGAGCUGAUCGCCAAUGAUGAGACGAAUCUGUAUGUAUCGACUGUUGGCACCGCCUUCAAUGCCUCCAUUACAGAUCAUCGUCUUCGUCUUGAGAUGAACAACACUCUCACCUCAAGAACAUCCACAAACGUCACCCUCGAAGGCAUCGAGAAUUCCAUCACUGCCAUGGUAGAUGAUAUGCUAGUAGCAUAUGCCUCAGCUCAAUUCAUGGUUGGGGGUUUCAAGAAGGAUGUCAGUGGCACUAUCCGCGUCACAGCCAUCGUCAUCGGCGAAAAGAAGUUCGCAAUCGCGGCUUUUGCGCUCAACAUGGUUGUCGUGGCGCUUUUCAUUCUGGAAGCUAUUAGAACAAGAGGCUGGAGGGAUAUAACUGAGUUUGAUCCUUCGGAUAUUCGACAUGUCAUGAUAGCUGCGUCUGAGGGUGGUACAGAUCUGGCAAAAGUGGGAUUCUCUGACAAAAAUAAGCUGGGAGAGAUCAAGGUGAGGGUAGAUGAGGCGGAGACUGGAAGUUUCGCGCUUGCAGUAGAUGGAGAGAUCCCGCCUACUGUCAAGUAUGAGAGUAUGAGGGCUGAUAACGAAGCUUAUGUUCAACGAAACAAGGCGUUUGUGGUUGAGACUACCAGUACGAGGUCACGAGAUGGCAGUAUAUUAAUUAGAUGA